AUGACAAAAGUAUCAGUAGUUUUGGUUGGAUGCGGAUGCCCACUACGCAGUAUGGGAUGGUAUCAUGCCAUGCAACUCUUGGAUGCUGGCCGUAUCCAGAACGCUUCUCUCACAUACGUGGUCGAACCAUGGUACUUUGCACCCGCUGCUGAGGGGACUCCUGGACACUCGGACUUUCAUGAAUGGGCCAAGAAAACAAAAGAAUCCCAUGGUGUCGAGUUCUUUCAUACUGUCGAGGAAGUGCCUACUGCACCAGCAGCAGAUGAUGGAAGUGUCCGAUUGGCAAUCAUUAGCGCCCGAACAGCCGACAAUCCAAAAUUGUUGGACCAAUGCCUAAAGCUCGGGUGCAAAGCAAUCUACUUGGAGAAACCUGGAGCUCCUACUGUAUCCGAAUUGGAGGCAAUGAAGUCCAGGGCGGACGAGGCUGGAGUCAAGGUAUUCAUGGGAUUCAACAAGAAUGUCAGUUCCUAUCUGACCUUCUCCCGAGAAUUGGUAAACAAGACGGCGGAAAAGUGCGACGUUACCUUUCUGCACAAUAACAAUUAUGCCAACACUGAGGCUGAACUUGCCGAGUGCUUUGAGCGCAAUGCCGAAGGAAUGCUCAAGAAUAUGGCCAUUCACGAGCUGGCAAUCCUUGUCACCUAUUAUGGUGUCACGGUGGAUACCAUCGACAAAGUAGAAGCCGACAAGGAAUUCUCAAGUUGCAAAACGCUAAAGGGCCCAGCAUCUGGAAAGGACUUUACAGACUUUGAUAAACUCAAAUUCAAGAUUGUCACAAAGAGUGGCGUUGAAGUGAAUGUGGCCGCCGAUCGUUGUGGUGGUGACGACAGUGUUGGAAUUGUCAACAAGGCUGAUUCAGGAGAAGAGUUGGCACGAUUUACAAUGCCCGAUGAGGCCACGGUGGCUAACACGGAUGCGUUAAAGGCCAAGUACGGAGACGCCAUGCCUUACUUUUUUGCACAGGAUCCUGAUUACUUGAAGUUGAAACAGCUAGUGGUCCAAAACUGCAUCGAUGGGACGCCGGCAGAAGGAGUUGCCGACAUUGAAACGGCUGUGGAAACUCUCAAGGUAGCAGAAUACUUGACGCCCAUACUGACCAAACAGCUACAAUAA